AUGCUUAAGAAACUCGUCUCAGAAGUCGACGGGGGGUUCGAUGGUGUUGUGCUGCUUGUUGACGAUGAGAUAGCAGUAGUGUCGCUGGUUGAGGACGAGAUAAGAGUAGCAUCGUUUGUUAAAGACGAACUUAUGUCAGAGCUGCUACUUGAGGACGAGACGACGCUGGAAUCGCUCGUUAUCAAAGUCGAUGAUGUAGAGAACGCUGCAGAAUCUAAACUCUCUGUGGUGCUAUCAGAGGAGCUAGAUGACUCCAGCGUUGUAAAUCCCAAUAGACUAGUGGUCAGAGAGGUAGAGAAUGAAGAAGGCGACGUGCUUGUGGAUUCGGUGGUGUCGGCUGAGCUGUCGGACGAUGUAAGCAACUCAGUUGUGCUCAAUGAGCUGCUUAUGUCGGUAGUAUCAGAACUUGUGAUCGUGGUAACGCUGGUGUCGGGUGUGCUCAGUGAUCUGCUUGAUUCAGUAGUAUCAUCGGUGGUGAUCGCUGUGUCAGAUGUGCUCGAUAGGCCUGCUGACUCGGUCGUAGAUUCAGUGGUAUCGGAGGCGACUGAAGAGAGUAACGAAGACGAUGAAGAUGUCUCACUGGCUGUCGUAAGUGAAGGGUCUGUUGAUGUGGUGGAAGAAACAUCAACGAGAUCAGUACUGGUUUGCGAAAAUUCCGUAGACGACGUAUUGACGUCGCUGGAGGAGGAAGUUUCCUCGCUGGUCGAGGAAGACAGAUCGCCAUCGCUCGACGAUGAUAUUUCGGUACUGCUCGAUGUUUCGACACUGCUCGAUGAGCCAGGAGUGCUGCUGCUCGAUAGGAUCUCGUCUGUCGUUGUUGGAGAAGAUGCGACAGUGCUUGUAGACAGCCCCGUUGAUGAGUCUGUACUGGAAAAUAGAGUAAGACUCUCUGUCGAGGAAUCGCUAUUGGUGCUACUAGAAAGUGUGUCAUCGGUGCUGCUUGACGAAGGAGCUUCAUCCGUGGAUGACAGGUCCUGCGUGGACGUCUCCGAUAAAGACUCCGUGCUGCUUUCGGUGGUGGUGUCAGACAUGCUGACCGACUCUGAGGUUGUAGUUAAGGCUUGA